AUGGCAGCAUCCUUCAGACCCACUAUUCCUGUUUCCCAGCUGUACUUCAUAGCCAUCAUUCAGCGAAUCAACUCUUGUGGAGAGGAGGCAGCCAUCUCUAUCAACUGCCCAUCAAUGGCUUGCUACCCACAGCUUGUAGCUGAAGCAGCAAGGUAUCUUAAAGGAGAGACAGUAGGUAGCAUCUGUCAGUUCAAGUUAAACAUGAACACUGACAAAAUAGCAAUUGCUUCUGGACUUCAUGUGACAGCUGCUGUGACAUAUCAGCCUGUUAAAGCAGAAGACAGUUUUGACAAAAUAUAUGUUUUAGUAGGAAAAAACCAAAUAGAAAUUCCACUGAUUGGGUUGAUUCCAUCUUGUCAUUUGGAAAUUGAGUCAAACAUUAAUUUUGGCACACUCAUUGCUAAUAGUAAAGAAAUUUGUAAGUCAAUUAAUGUUAUUAACCAUGGAACAAUUUCAGGUUCAUUUGACAUAGAUUAUCAAGGGAAGUUACCUAUCACUAUAAAACCAAAUAGUGGAAUUGUGGAACCUAAAUCAUCAACAAAUAUUAAAGUUUAUAUAUGUAUAGAGGAGCCUGGAAUUGUUACUGAGUUUGCAAAAGUGAGUUUGCAGGGUAGCAAAGAAACAGUUUUAACUAUUGAAGCUUCUGUCGUUCCACAAAUUAUUGAACUGUUUGAUAUAAGUGGAGAAAAAAGCUUGAAAUGUAUACAAUUUGGAGCUGUCUUCUUUGGAACAUCAAAGAUUGAGCAUGCACUUCUGUAUAAUAACAGUCCUGAACAUAUGAGUUGGGUAGCAGUGAUGGAACAUGAAACAAUUGGAGAAGAAUUGGGUACAAAUCUUGAGCAAAGAAUAGAUGGCACUUUACAUGAUUUACUCUACAUAAGUAAAAUAAGAAGCAUAGAUGUUACCACUUUUAUUGCUUGUAUUCCCAAUGAAGGAAUUUUAUUACCUUAUGAAAAGGCAGUAAUUACAUUUUGCUUUAGUCCAGAACUGUAUGAUAAUGGUAAGAAGUAUGCUGAUUUGUCCCACAGACAAGACUAUGCUCUCUUUUUGAGAUUUGAGGCAAUACAAAGUAAAAGUUCUUUUCUGAAAGCCAAAGAAGAAAAAGCUACUGAAAGUAAGUGUCAGCACAAAGUGGAGUUAGCAAUCACAGGCUCAGGACUACCAGUCUUAUUAAGUUUUGACCCAGGAAAAGUUCUUAAAUUCAAACCUUGUUUUAUGGGUCAUCGUUCAGAGAUUUUAUGCAGUAUACAAAAUCAUUCCAAGAUACUUCCUGUAGAAUUCAGCUUCCACAAGGUAGCUCAUUUUAAAAUUACUCCAGAAAGAGGCAAAAUACCUGAAGAAAGUAAUCAGAAUGUGCUCUUUUCAUUUGUGCCACAUCAACUAGGCAUAUUUAAAGUAAAGCAAUUAAUGGAUAUACUUGGUUUCGUGGCAGAAGAUGAUUUACUGUCAGUGAAAAUGAAACCUUUUUACCAAGUAGAGUUAAAUUUUACUAGUAUCUGCAAACCUGCAACUAAGAGAAUUGAGAUGAAAAUCAAUCCAGGUCUAACACCUGUGAUUACUAAUGUCACUGGACAGUAUGUUGGGGACGAAACAGGAGAGUACAAAAACUUUGCACCAGUAGCAAUGCUGAAAUCACACUUAACAUCCAUCCAUGAUCAUGGAGUAAGUGAACACUUGAAGAAAGAUGCACUGAUUGCUUUUCCUAAUGACCGAUGUGCUAGCCUCAGGUCCGGAGAUCCUCGAGAAGAAUUCAGGACCAUUUUCACAAAAGUUCCAAGAUACAAUUAUGUGGAUCCUGCAUAUGCAUAUACUGAAGAGGAAGAAAUACAAAUACAAGAAAAUAAAGACUACUAUUAUAAUUUCACCUUAAAAAUGGCAAAACAGAGAAUGCAUAAGAAGUCAGAAAGGGCAUUUAAACUCUCAGAUAAUAAGAUAGAUAUUGGCAUAAAACCAGGAGGAAAACUGAAGUCCCCUCGCCUCUCAAUUACACAAUUAUUUGAAGAGAUGAACCAACCUGUAAAAUUGCCUUUAAAGGAAAAUUCUCUUUUAACUACUCAGAAUUUGGCAGCAAAAGAAGCAGAAUCCAAUACUGUCAGUGUAGUUUGUCACACCCCAUCCACACCACAAGCAAGAGAAGAUUGCAACUCAGUCUUGUCACCAAAGCAACUUCAUCAAGUAGUAGUUGGUCCAUCUGUCCUUGAUUUUGGUGAAAUUUGUGUGAAUCACAUAUGUACUAAACAAGUACAUAUUGUCAAUAAUCUGCUUCUGCAUAUUUUGGUGUGCUUAGAAAUUGAUCAUAAAGAACUAAAGAAUACCUAUCCAUUGUCUUUUGUGAUUCCACCUGCAUCAAAUACAAACAUUUUAAUAGCAUUUGAGAUGACUACCCUGGGAACAUUUUGCAAGUCUUUCAGUUUCACAGUUAACAACAUUCCUAGUGGAAAUAUACUUGUGAAAGCAGUAGUGAUGCCUGUGGCUCUUGAAUUAUCAACUAAAGAACUGGUUGUUAAACCUACUCAAGGCUUCUUGAUAAAAACAGCAUAUAGGGGGACAAUCAGAUUAUAUAAUCGCCGAAACUGUGAAGCUAAAUUUAAAUGGCUACCAUUGAUUCAAAAUAAUGGGAUUGCAUUUUCGAUACGUCCAGCUAAAGGUACUGUAAAAGGAUACUCAGCAUUGGAUUGUGAAGUCACCUGGCAACCAAGUUACAGUUCUCCAGACAGAGGCCAAUUUGACCUUCAAGUGCAUAAUGGAAACACAGUGAGGCUAGAUUGUAUAGUAAAGGUAAUAAUUUAUCUUGCAUAUGGGUUUUGCUUUUAUAUAUUUGUUUCUGUGUUGCCUCCCUCAUUAAAUUUUAAGAUUUGUGACCAAGAUCUUCUACCUUUCAUUAAGGUCACUCCAUCUCAUGGCAUAAUACCUGUAGGGGGUUUAACUUCACUCAAUAUUGCUUGUACACCAUAUUUUUCAGAGAGAUUUGAUACAAAAGCAAAGGUAAUAAUACGCCAGGGGAAAGAAUUAGAGCUUAGGAUUGGGGGCUCUAUAGAUAUUGCUGAUGUAAUCAUUAAUCUGAGCCUUUUAAAUUUCCAUGGUGUUUAUGUUGGAUCUACAAAAGUUAUUACAUUUUUAUUAAAUAACAAAAGUAUAACACGUGCCCGAGUGGAAUUUGACUUAUCAAACUAUCAAGAAUUUACACUGGAUUUUAAAAAUCAAGAAGCGCUUGCCACAGCGCUCACAGGUGAAGUUGUACUGCACCUCAGCCGUGUGCUUCUUCAUGUGCCAAUUCAAGGAUGCUCUCUGGCGACACUGGUAACCACAGAUCUCACACUGCAAAGGGGUUUCUCCUUCUUUAAAGAUCCCAUGUUUCCUCAUUCAUAUGCUGUGGAAUUAGAAGAAAACUCAUCGUUGGAAUGUGGACUAGCAUUUUCUCCCAAAGAAGUGGCAGCAUAUGACUUCAGUCUUCCAAUUACUGUUAAUUUCACUGAGGCAACAACACUGUCCUACAUUUGUUCUGCAUCCCAUUCUUUUGAAACUCAACUCUCAGCUUCUUUAAUCCCGUUAACAGCUCCUUUGAUACCACCGUGUAAUGUCAAAGCAAUUGUACUGCAACCACCAUUGCAGUUAUCCAAAACAGAAUUUUCCUUUGAUGUUCCUUUAAAUACUGAACCAUUGGAUUUUAGUGAUGAAAACCAAAAUCAGGUUCUUAACCUGACUAGCGUCUCAAAACAAGAGGUAUCAUGGAUUUUGGAUAUUGGUCAUUCAGGCAAAAGAGUAAAAGAUGGCACUUUUUCAUUCAGUGAACUUUGUGGUUCCCUUGUACCAGGUGAAACAACUAGCAUUUUCAUAAAUUUCUGUUCAACUCUCACCUCUGACUUGGAAUACCAAACCACUUCUUCUAUUCUCCUGCAAGUGCCCAUAGCCAGCAAUGUCCUCUCUCAACUGUUUCUGCAAUCAGCAGACUCAGACCCUGUCCUGGAGGUGAAAGUACCUGUGGUUCUGACUGAGACUCCAGAGGAAUCCAGCUCUGCAUUGGCUACCUUUAUGAAGCUAGCCUGGGAAUGUUUACACUACAAACUGGCUAAAUCCCAAUCCUGGGGUUGA